UUAGAAGAAUCAACAAGAAAAUUAUGGCGGGUCAAGUAAGAGGUCCAAGCUCCUCAGCUUCAAAUUCUACAACGGCCUCUGUUGGUGUUCUUAUGGUUGGGCCGAAUUUUAAGGUCGGAAAGAAAAUUGGCUGUGGAAAUUUUGGCGAACUUCGACUAGGCAAAAACCUUUACAACAAUGAACAUGUUGCUAUUAAAUUGGAACCUAUGAAGAGUAAAGCGCCGCAAUUGCAUUUGGAAUAUCGAUUUUAUAAAUUAUUAGGACUAGCAGAAGGCCUCCCUCAAGUUCACUAUUUUGGCCCAUGUGGAAAAUACAAUGCAUUAGUUAUGGAAUUAUUAAGUCAUUCUUUAGAAGACCUUUUUGAUUUGUGUGACAGAAAAUUUACUUUAAAAUGUGUUUGUAUGGUUGCGAUGCAAUUGAUAAGGCGGAUAGAAUAUGUCCAUUCCAAGCAUUUAAUUUAUCGAGACGUUAAACCAGAAAACUUUUUAAUUGGGCGAAGUUCGACUCGAAAACAACACAUUUUACAUAUUAUUGAUUUUGGCCUAGCUAAAGAAUAUAUUGACUGUGAUACUGGAAAACACAUAGCCUAUAGAGAGCACAAAUCUUUAACUGGAACAGCACGGUAUAUGUCUAUCAACACACAUUUGGGUAAAGAACAGAGUCGAAGAGAUGAUUUGGAAGCAUUGGGGCAUAUGUUUAUGUACUUUCUUCGUGGUUCACUUCCUUGGCAAGGCUUGAAAGCUGAUACAUUGAAAGAGCGAUAUCAAAAGAUUGGUGAUACAAAGAGGGCAACUCCUAUAGAAGUACUUUGUGAAGGAUUUCCAGAGGAGUUUGCUCAAUAUCUUCGUUAUUCUCGCCGUUUAGACUUUUUUGAGACUCCAGAUUAUGAAUAUUGCUAUGGACUGUUUAAAGCAGUUUUGGAACGAAUGUGCCAUUCGUAUGAUUAUGAAUUUGAUUGGGUGCAUAAAUUGAAUCAAGCGGCCACACCAAGUGGUUCUCUUCACGCAGGAGUUAGUGGAAUGGCAGGUGGAGGUGAUGGUCAUCAUCGACUUCAUGAACAAAAAAAGCGUUCAUCUGCAAAUAAACAGUUAAUUGAAGAAGUUUUGAAGCCAAAUGCUCAAUUAGUUAGUAGUACAACCACUGGUGGGGGUAUACACCAUGGAGGUGCUGGAUUUGGAUCUACUCAGGUUAUCAAUUCAAAUGCUGGCGAGAUUGAAGAGACUAUUGGUGAUGGGGCGCGACAAGCACAAAAAAUCAAUAGUGAGAGUCAUAGCGAAGUCAAGUUAGUUUCUUUCUAUAAUUUAAAAUUUUUUUUUGAAAAUAACCUCGGUUCGUUUCGCGGUUCGUUUCGAUGUUUUAUCGAAGCAGAAAUUUUUGUUCGAACACUUAAGUUCGAUUUUUUUCUAUUCGUUACUUAAAAAAAUAGCAGACAAAAGUGAUAGGCUAUUUCCUACCUAAGAACCUCUAACUUUCUUUUAAAGCCGAAACCCAAUCCAACUUUUUUUUCUCAAUCCGGUCCAUCCUUAAUAAGAAGGGAUAAAAUUGCCUCUCCAUUUUUCUAUAAUUUUGGUCUAAAAAAGGGUAGACUUCCUUCCUACAAACCUUCUAAUUUUCUUUUAGACCCGAAAUCCAAUCCAACUUUUUUUUUCUCAAUCCGGUCCAUCUUUAAUAGAAGGGGCGAAAUUGCCCCUUCGUU